UCCAGGUAAAGCCCUGCCCACAAUGACUUUACACUAUUUGCAGAGAAGAAGUGGCUAGAGUUUUGACCGCUAGCACACACACACACGGUUUCAGCCAAAACAAAGACAAGAAUACCCUCGCCCACCAAAUUUUCCAAAGAUGUUCCUGUAUAUUCUCCUGGCGUGUUUUGGGAUCGUGCAGUGUUAUCCUAAUGGACUGGUCAGCGAAUCGUGUGGAUCUUUGAUGCCUGUUCACGGGUCUAACGCUCAGACCAGCGUUCCUCCGUUCACCGUUACUGUUGACAAGACCACCUUUAAAGAGGGAGAUGAAAUCACAGUAUCUUUAAAUGCACCAUCAGAAAAUUUUGAAGGGUUUAUGUUACAAGCAAAUCUAGUUGGAUUGAUUAAUCCCAUUGGCACUUUUACUGUGACGGACAGCACAGCACGGGGCCUCACCUGCAAUAACGUGGCUAAUAGAGCAGUUUCUCACACAACUAAAUCUGGAAAGACUUCAGUGCAAGCUAAAUGGACGGCCCCUAUAUCUGGACUUGGCAAUAUAGAGUUCAGAGCAACAUUUGUUAAAAGAAAAGAAACCUUUUGGGUUGGUGUCAAGAGCUCUGCUGUUGUGUAUAAUGGUACAGGAACCACUGCUACUGUAGCUCCGACUGUCCCAUCAAACCCUGAUUGUGGGAAAACCAAAGUCUGCUUCAGUCAGCCUAGCAACUGUGACCCAACUACCAGCACAGACUGUCACUUCAUGGCAGUUCAGACAUCAUCCGACCAAUCUGAAAGGACCAUUGAAAUGUUUGGCCAGGCCGAUGGAUAUGUCGCCAUUGGGUUUUCAGAUGACCAGAACAUGGGCAAUGAUGACAUCUACACCUGUGGUAAAAACAGCAGCGGCUUCCUUCAAGUGCAACACGCUUAUUCCACAGGAACAGUGACUCCAAAUAUUCUCUCACUGGGGAAUGUGACUAAUAUCAAGACAGCAUUGACGAAUGGAAAUAUCAAUUGUUCUUUUACUUCUCGUAAUGCCAUCAGCACAGGAAGUAGAGCAACGUCCACUAGCCAGUACUACCUCAUGAUUGUUUCCGGACCCUCAAAUAAAGAUAACAUCCUGUUCCACACAACCAAAUAUGUCAGUAGCACCAAGGCUGAUUUGCUGAAUCCAUCCAUGGUCACCGCAAACAGUGAAGAAUUCCCAGCAAUCGUUAAAGCCCACGGUGCCCUGAUGUUAAUCGCCUGGAUGACCACGGGCAGUAUGGGGAUGAUGAUAGCACGCUAUUUAAAGGGAGUUGCCAAGGGCCAAUGUUUAGGCGGGAAAGAUUUCUGGUUUCUGGCCCACGUGUCUCUGAUGAUCCUGUCCGUCAUCGCCACAGCAAUUGCAUUUAUACUGGUGUUUUCGUAUGCGCAGGAUUGGGCUGGGGGAGCUCAUCCUGUCCUGGGCUGUAUAGUGAUGGUCCUCAGUCUGAUUCAGCCCAUAGUCGCUGCUUUCCGCUGUGAGCCGCAGCAUGAGCGGAGGUUUAUUUUCAACUGGGCCCAUUCCUUUACUGCUUUAGCUAUCAAAGUCCUUGCAGUUGCUGCAAUUUUCACUGGUCUGGAACUGUUUGAAGAAUAUAAGACGGAUGGAUGGAUGUUGAAAGUUAUGGGAGGUUUUAUUACCUGGGAGGCUCUGAUAUACAUUCUCCAAGAUCUUAACUUUCGCGCCAGGAAAAAAGAUUCUGAAAUUUGCAGCUUUGGAUCGAUGAAACCUGAAAUAGUCCUGCUUAUGGUGUUUUUGUUGGGAAACCUGGCCUUCUUGAUAGCACUUCUUGUUGGAAUAGGGACGACUUAAGUUCACCUAAUAUGCAUCGGCCUUCCUCACUGGUUGAAGCAAUUUUUUUGACACUAUCAUUGUAUAAGUAAUAGUUCUCAUCAUAUGACACAUAUAUAUAUAUAUAUAUAUAUAUUAUCUCUACACAAUUUUUUGUUCAUUUUUAAGCUAUCUUUCUGUGCCAAUAUCAAUUACAGAUUCACCAUUGUGCCUUUGAGUGUAAGGAAUAUGUGAGUUGCUAUUAGGAGAAUGUUCUUGCAGUGACUGUCAGUUGCUCACUGAGAUGGUCAAUAGUUUAAUCACCUCGGUCCCUAAUUACAGAGGUCAGAAAACAUCCAAUUGUGUUUUUUUUUUUAAACUUUACAAAUGACUUUAUUAGCUGUACAAGUAUUUUUAUAUAUUUGUAUAUACAGAGAGAUUAUAUUGUGAUUGUAACUUAAGUGUAUAUGUUAGCAGCUUUCAUCCACUAGAUGGCAGUGUCAUGACAGUUCUUUUUAAACAUCCAUGUGAUGUUUUGUUGUGAAUUCAGGCUAUUCGAGGGAGAAAAUGAACUCUCCGAUAUUUAUUUCGAUUAAUGUAUGAACCAUUUUGUUUACUUUUUGGAUUAAUAAUUGCUAAUUUGCUCAUGCUAAAAUGUAUGAAUGAAUGAUGAAUAUUAACUGAAUGACUUGUUAAACUGGACCAAUCCAUUAGUCACAAGUAGCCUAUGACAGAAAUCAGGAAGUGUUGACAACCCUCCUUUUAAAAUUGUUUCCCCAUGUGUUUAAUUUAAUAAAAUGAAUUAAGUUUCUAAAGAGCUCUUAAAAUGUUUUAAGCCUAACCGUGUUUGCAUCCAUUUUGCCUCUUUAAUGUGGCAUAUUUCUGUGUAAAACAACAUAAGAAAAGCAAGAAAAUCAGAGAACUGGAAAAGAUUUGAACCAUUCUGAAUAAAGUGUUAAAAGUGUCCCAAAAGGAUUUGAUGAUGUCAGCAAAAAUAAAGAUAAUUUCAGAGGCGGAGAAAGCUGUUCCAUUUUCAUGAAAAAUUGUGAAAACUAUUUAAUAUGUAAAAAACAUGCACUGAUGAAUUGUUUGCAUUAAAAGCAGAAAAAUUUUGAACAA